GUGUAGACUCAGAAAAUGACAACUCCCUUGACCAUCUACAGGCAGCCCAAGCUUGCUUUCAUUUUACAGCCAGCCAAGCCCCCAAAACAAGAAACUCCCAACCCAUUGCAUGCAAUCCAUGGCGCCAAAGCAAGAAGGAUUCAUCCUUGUAGUCACAGUCGUUUUAUUUCUCCUGGCCGAUUAUCCGUCCGCCGUCGUUGGCAGCAUCAAUGGCACUAUUUUCCCAUCCAUCGUUGAAACUCUGCCAGGGUUUUCUGGCCCCCUUCCUUUCAAGCUCGAAACAGGGUACGUGGACGUGGCUGAGAAAGAAGCAGAAGAGAGCGAGCUAUUGUACUACUACUACUACUUCAUCGAAUCAGAAAGGAACCCAGAUGAAGACCCUCUCCUUCUCUGGCUCACCGGCGGCCCCGGCUGCUCUGCUCUUUCCGGCCUUCUCUUUGAGAUAGGUCCCUUACGUUUUGAAGUUGUGGAGUACAAUGGGACCUUGCCGAAUUUGGUUCUCAACCCUCAUUCCUGGACAAAGGUAGCAAGUAUUAUAUUCAUGGAUGGCCCUAUUGGCACUGGAUUCUCCUACUCAACCACCUUCCAAGGCUCCAUUACUGGCGACACCACUUACGCCCAUCAGACCGCUCGCUUUCUCACCAAGUGGCUGAUGAGGCACCCCAGAUUCUUGAAGAACCCUUUGUAUAUUGCUGGAGACUCAUAUUCGGGCAUGGUGGUUCCUAUUAUUACCCAUAUAUUAUCAUCAUCAUCUUCUGCAGCUGAUGAAGCUCCGUGGACAGGCCAAGCGAGGCUCAAUCUAAAAGGGUAUUUGCUGGGCAAUGCAGCAGCGGAUAUGAAAUCCGAUCUCAAUUCCCGAACCCAAUUUGCACACCGUAUGGGACUCAUUUCGGAUGAACUCUACAGGUCUGCCAAAAGGGAUUGCAAAGGAGAGUAUGUAGAAGUAGAUCCUGCUAAUGUCAAGUGCAUGGAGGACCUUCAAGCCAUCUCCAAGUGCACUGGAAGAAUAAAUAGAGCACACAUUCUGGAACAAAAAUGUACUACCACGUUCAGGACAUUCAACGUUUUGGAUGGACUUCAUCAAUGGUCUCUUCUUCAUCAGAAAACUGAAGAGUUUCCCCUGAUACCAGCUGAUUUCCCGCAUCCCAGAUGUCGAGGGUACAAUAGCUAUCUCUGCAACAUAUGGGCAAACGAUAUCAAUGUUCAGAAGGCGCUUCAUGCUUGGAAGGAUGGAGAAUUAAGGCAGUGGAUUCGAUGCAAUGAGAGCUUACAUUACAUUAGAGAUGUGUGGAGCACUGUCAAGUACCAUCAUCAUCUGAAUGUCAGAGGCUUUCCAGCUCUCAUUUACAGUGGUGAUCAUGACAUGGUGAUUCCUUACAUUGGAACCGUAGCUUGGAUCAAGGCGUUAAAUCUCUCAAUCGUCGAGAAGUGGCGACCAUGGCUGGUUGAUGGUCAAGUUGCAGGAUACACAAAGAAGUACGCCAAUGGCUUAACAUUCGCAACAUUCCAGGGAGGAGGCCACACUGCACCGGAGUAUAAUCCCAGGGAAUGUUUUGCCAUGUUCAGCAGGUGGAUCUCAGGGGAGCCACUCUGAUUCAUCCAUCUCCACUCUCCAGUUCCUAACCAAAUGCUGGAGCAUUUGCAGACGCUUCACUUUGAAGAUGUUAGCUAUCUGCAGUUGGGUAUAUCGCUGUUAUGUUCAUGUAGGAGCUUAAUUCGUGUGGCUCGACUCGAAUGAAUCAUAUAUCGUCGUCUUGCUUUCUAGACGGAGCAACCGACUAUCUGAACUCAAGAGAAUGGGCGUUUUUCGUUACUCAAGUGUUGGUAUUAAAACUUUUGAUACCAC